GUCAACAAUAAUUUUGUUUAUGACAUUGUGUUCGACUGGUUACAAGUAAUGCUGAGAGAAUUUGGUGAAUACCCUUUCAACUAUACCUUAAUGAACAUAGGGGAAGGUGCUGUAAGCAUGGUGAAUGUUAAUAAUGCGAUGGAGGGAAGUGUAAUAGAAAUGAAACAGAAAAUAAUGUCACAGCUCACAAGUCAAACUGGUUUUUACAUACCCACCGAAAGCUCCUAUGAUUCUUCGACGGUAUCAUUUUUGGAUGGGAAAUCAUUUUAUACUCAAUUUCGCUGGAUGCAAUCGAGUCAACAUUUUCAUCAAUAGGAGAAAAUCAUUUUAUUCAGCAUUCUUCAAAAUAUGAUGAGUAUAAAAGUAUACCAGAGGCCACUACGUAUCAAUAAUAGAAUGAAGAUAUUAAUGGACAACAUAUUGGCUUAUCAUUCAAAAAACGGGCCUACCAACGAUGACCAUGAAAGCAUAAUAAAAGAUGGGCCUUUUCUGGAAACCCUCCUUGAUGACCCCAAAGUAUCGACAUCGCUUUCAAUUUCGGAAGGUAAAGAUGAUGUUGCAAGCAAUGAAUCGAUCCUUUAUCAUAAAAAGUACAAGGUCCUUUUUUUGGCAAUAUAUCUGGGAUAUUUAAGCAAAUUGGUGAUGAAUAAGCUAGAUGGAGAAUUUGAAGAUAAUUGGAAGGUUAAGAACGUUGUUUAUCUUAUUUCUGCAGAAAAGAUGUUACUGGAUACUACUGUAGGCCACAAAGAAAAAUUGCAAACAUUACUUGUCGAGGUGGAUUUCUGUGAUAUAAGCAAAAAAGGCGACAUGAUGCGGGUUAUAACUCAGGGGGAAGAUAUUCUAUUUGCUGUUGAAUCAAAUUUAAAACAAGACACCACUAUCAAGCAGUGCUUUGUUGUGGCUCAAUUGUAUCAGUCCUAUGUACAUCUUACCUUACACCAGAUUGUUAAAGCUUCAUCAUCAGAGGUGUCUGAAUCGUCUAUAGUUCUGGAAGAUAAUACCGUGAUGUUUGAAAACACACUUGAUGUGUUGUGCAAGAAACUUUGGCGUUUCGCUUCUACCAAUAAUGAUUUUGAUUUUUGUGAUUUACACAAAGAUUGUUCUUUGAAAAACUAUCCAAGUGUUUUGCCUGGAUUAAAACGAUCAGUCCAGAUUAUGUUUAGACAAGCAAUGCUGAUAUUAGAUAUGGAUAAAAUAAUACAUAUAUCUGUGAGCGAACUAUGCAGUUGCGAAAUUCAAGUAUGUCUCCGUAAUAUCAUUGACAUAGGUUUGAAGCCAAUAAUACAAGACAUCGCAGAAAAUAUAACUGGCGCAGUACAAAACACUGCGAUGUUUGGAUAUUACUCAGUUGAGUUUAUAUUGGUAACAGGUAAUAUGUUUACACUAAUGUACGAUUCGCCACUUUAUGGAGUAUACACAUGCAUGUUACAAAGUGAAAUCGAACAUAGUUUAGAAGCUAAAAAAAUCGACACCAUAUGGCUUCUCGUCUUACAGAACUAUCAAAAUCAACUACUAAAGCAAGCUGUGCACGAAAAAUCAUACAUAUACGAUGAAUUCAGAACUGGGAAUUUGCAGCGGGUUUUCAGUAAAACUUACAUUACAUACAUCCGUGAUUUUCGUGACCAAUUUUCUGGCGAGCAGGCCUCCAAGCCUUUUUUGUCUUUUGUCGACAAAAACUUCAAAAGUACGAAUUUUGGUGGAGAUGAAAAUACGGCUAUGAUACUAUUUAAAGCAGGGCAGUCAAUUUCUGAUACCAAAACUAUCAUCAGGUUAAAGGUGGAAUUUCAAAAUGAAAAUGAUUUGAAUCCGAAUUCACGAUUUGCUCUGACAUUAGUUUUGGCACGAUUAAAUCAUACGGAGAGCAUUAAAGAUAAGGAAGUGAUUUCUUUGGAAGAGGGCUCUUAUAUUGAUGAGGAUACAUUUAUUUUCUAUCAGAGUUACGAUGAACCCUUCAUUCAAUUUGAAACAAAAUUUAUUCCUCAUAAUUCUUCUAUACAAUUAACAUAAAUAUGUAAAAACACCCCCAUUUUCCUUCCUCUAGACCUAACUCUUGCCUACUUACUUUUGCUUAUUUCGCAUUAAAAAUCAAA